AUGGCCGCGAAACAAAAUGACAUCAUCGGCGGGGUGAAGAUCGUGAGGAACAAGGCCGCGGAGAAGGCGAAGCACGCCCACAACCAGCAACAGCAACAGCAGCAAGAACAGGAGAUCACCUCGGCGCAGGGCAGCGUCGUAUCCGUAAUAACCCACGCUGGCAAUGCCCCCGGGACCACGGCAGUGCUCUCACCCACCACUGAGCAGCACGUCACCAACACCGGCAGCUACAGCAUCAACGGUAUCCUGGGCAUAGAGCAAGUGGAAGGCCUGCACAACGGGACCCCGACGGGGCUGAAGAGGAAACGGCAUGAAGACCAAGCCACCAACGACUCUACGGGCUCCAACGGGGGUGCCGGCGAGCCCCCGUCGGCGGCCGCGAGCCCCGACGCCGCCGCCCUAGUAGUGCUACAGCCGCCCGCCCCGCCCUACCCGCCUUACGCCCACUACGACGGCACGACGACGCUCGCAAGUGAGUAUGCAUACGCGGCGCCCUACUCGCAAUACUCGCCCUAUGGAGGACCUUACUCGCAUUCCGCUGCUACCGGCUUGCUGUCAAAGUGCUCAUUGUCCACGCGCUCGCUUUUAAUUCAACCUGAGUUCGAUCCCCGGUACCAGCACGGUAAAGAAAAACAUCGCGAGGAAACC